CGGAAGGGGCGGUGUGGCGCGGUCCCGCUGGCUGGCGGCGGUGCGGGGCUGCGCGUGGCGCCCGUCCCAAUGGCGGCGCUGAAGUACGCGGGGCUGGAGGACACGGACAGCGAGGAGGAGCUGCCGCCGGGCUGGGAGGAGCGCACCACCAAGGACGGCUGGGUUUACUACGCUAACCACCUGGAAGAAAAAACACAGUGGGAACAUCCGAAGUCUGGCAAGAGGAAACGUGUUGCAGGAGGCCUGCCAUAUGGAUGGGAGCAGGAGACUGAUGAAAAUGGACAAGUCUAUUUUGUAGACCACAUAAACAAAAGGACUACCUACCUUGACCCAAGACUGGCCUUUACAGUUGAAGAUAAUCCAGUAAAACCUACUACUAGACAAAAGUAUGAUGGAAACAGUACUGCAAUGGAAAUACUCCAGGGCCUUGACUUGAGUGGAAAAGUGGUUAUAAUCACGGGAGCAAAUUCAGGAAUAGGUUUUGAAACUGCAAAGUCUCUUGCACUGCACGGGGCAUACGUUAUCCUGGCCUGCAGAAAUAUGUCAAGAGGCAAUGAUGCUGUACAACGCAUUCUUGUGGAAUGGCAUAAAGCCAAGGUAGAAGCAAUGACCUUAGACCUUGCUUCUCUUCAGAGUGUGCAGCACUUUGCUGAAGCAUUCAAAUCCAAGAAUGUGCCUCUUCACAUACUGAUCUGCAAUGCUGCCGUGUUUGGUGCUCCCUGGUGCUUGACAGAGGAUGGCCUGGAGUCCACCUUCCAGGUGAACCAUCUGGGACAUUUCUAUCUUGUCCAGCUUCUGGAAGACGUCUUACGCCAGUCGUCUCCUGCUAGGGUUGUGGUGCUGUCUUCUGAAUCACACAGAUUUACAGAAAUUAAAGACUCCUCUGGAAAACUUGAUUUCAGCCUGCUUUCUCCAUCUAAGAAGGAGUAUUGGGCUAUGUUGGCCUACAACCGUUCCAAGCUUUGCAAUAUACUCUUCUCCAACGAGCUGAACCGACGCCUUUCUCCCCACGGGGUGACGUCUAAUGCAGUCCAUCCUGGAAAUAUGAUUUACUCCUCCAUUCAUCGUAACUGGUGGGUGUAUACCCUGCUGUUUACCUUGGCUCGACCUUUCACCAAAUCCAUGAAUCCAUGUGAACUUUGCAAGCACAGUGCCCAGCCUACCCUCCCUUCACGGAGUAUCCAGCGUGAUGGUUUGGUACACAACAGUUGUUCCGGUUUGACCAUCCUAUAUGACUGGAUUAUUUUAAGGGAUGUUGCAACAAGGAGCUGCCACAACUGUCUACUGCGCCACGGCUGCAGAGCUGGAGGGCCUGGGAGGGAUGUACUUCAACAACUGCUGCCGCUGCCUGCCGUCGCAGGAGGCGCAGGGCGAAGCGACGGCCGCAGCCCUGUGGGAGCUGAGCGAGAGGCUGAUCCAAGAACGAAUUGGCAGGCAGUCCAAAUAACAGGGAGCUCCUGGAAGGAUCAAAACACACCAAGUGUGUGCAUGCUCGAAAACUGCCAACACUGGAACCUGUCCAAUCUUAUCAUCUAGAGGGUUUCCAUAUACCUCAGAUACAGAUUAACCAGUGUUAAAUGAAAUAAUAGCAGUCACAACAUAGUGAAAAAUGUUAAGUACUAAUGGGAAAUGGGGAAUACUGUGGGUUAAAGGGACAAUGCGGCUUCCUGGGGCUUAGUUAGUCUUGGUUCUCUUUCUUUUGAUUAUAGGCUGUUCAAAGCGUAACCCAAGGAGGCAUCUUUUGUCUUAUUUUAGAAAAGCAGUGCUGCAGAUAUUUUACAUUGUUUUGAUUAAUGGGUAGGUACGUAGCCCAGUAUGGGAUUUCCUCUUUAUUUUGGUAAUUACUGUCUGUUAGGCUUUAGGUAUUGAUCGGGAGAUGGUAGUUGUGUUGAUUCUUUUUCCUUACAAGGUUUUUAUUGGGUGUGGCAAAUAAAAGAUUAUUAAGGAAAGAAAUCUUUCCUGCCCUUGACUGCUGGCUGCAAAUACAUCUGUCUACGCUGUCUAGAAAAAGAAGGUGCAAGAAGACUUCUGAACAGAAAUGGUAAAGUCACAGCUAAUUAAAUAUUUCUGGUUUUUUUUUUUCUUAAAAGAUUAUAAUAAAAGAUAUGUUGUAAACCAUUCCCUAAAUACCGUUGAGUUAGCAAGGAUGAUGUUGUCUCCUUAAGAACACACAGGGUGUAAUCAGGGGUUUAAAUGGUGUUUCCAUCCAUUUCUCAGUUCACAGUUUUAAAGAGGUUUUUUUUUUCUCUCACAGUUCGCAGUUUCUCAGUUCUCCUGGUACUGUAUCCCAUUCCAAAUCUUGUCUUUUUUUUUCUUUAAAUUUAAAUUCAAUAAAACAACAUGCUUGCUUGAA